AUGACCUGUGCUGCUGCCUCUGCCCAUUCUGGCUGUCAAAGCUUCGACGACCUGCCCUGCUUCUUCUGCCUCUUUUGGCUGUCAAAGCCUCGACGACCUGCGCUGCUGCUGCUGCCUCUUCUGGCUGUCAAAGCCUCAAUGACCUGCGCUGCUGCUGCUGCCUCUUCUGGCUGUCAAAGCCUCAAUGACCUGUGCUGCUGCCUCUGCCUCUUCUGGCUGUCAAAGCCUCGACGACCUGCGCUGCUGCCUCUGCCUCUUCUGGCUGUCAAAGCCUCGAUGACCUGCGCUGCUGCCUCUGCCUCUUCUGGCUGUCAAAGCCUCAAUGACCUGCGCUGCUGCCUCUGCCCAUUCUGGCUGUCAAAGCUUCGACGACCUGCCCUGCUUCUUCUGCCUCUUCUGGCUGUCAAAGCCUCGACGACCUGCGCUGCUGCUGCUGCCUCUUCUGGCUGUCAAAGCCUCAAUGACCUGCGCUGCUGCCUCUGCCUCUUCUGGCUGUCAAAGCCUCAAUGA